CGUGGCGCACAGCUGGUUUCCUGCGGCCGCGCGCCGGUGGCAGCCCCGCGGCGUCCGCCACGGCCCGGCCCCGCCGAUCGCGAUCGCGAUCCGCCGUCGCGAUCCCGCUCCCCCCGCGCCGCCCUCGGCGUUUCGGGGCGGGACCCGGCACUGCCGGGGUUCCCUGUCUCGCCCGGGCCGGCCAUGGCGCACUCGGCGCCGCUCGGCCUCCUGGAGCAGGGCUGCCCCAUCCAGGUGGAGCACGAUCGGAAGCGGCGGCAGUUCACCGUGCGGCUGAACGGUUGCCACGACAAGGCGGUGCUGCUCUAUGAAUAUGUGGGGAAGCGGAUCGUGGACUUGCAGCACACGGAAGUACCGGAUGCCUAUCGAGGGAGAGGAAUAGCUAAGCACCUUGCAAAGGCAGCCCUGGACUUCGUGGUGGAGGAGGACCUGAAAGCUCACCUGACGUGCUGGUACAUUCAGAAAUACGUCAAGGAGAACCCGCUGCCGCAGUACCUGGAACACUUGCAGCCUUAAGGCAGGACAGCUCUGACACCAGCGCACCUGUCCCUGACUGUUUGACGCGGCCUUUGCUUCUCUGCAGUCUCAGGAAACCCCUCUCCCACGCUCACAAUUCCCACUUUUUUUAAGCACGUCCAUGUGGUGCAUGAGUGUGGGCACGACCUCCUCCUCUCUGCCCACAUGUGAGCAUGGCUACAGCCACUGGGCCAGGCUGGCUCCAGGCACACACUGUGCUCCCCGGUGCUCUUCUUCCCAAGCCAGGGGGUGGAUGAGGAUGAUUUUUCCACCAAAUUCCAUGAGAAGACCAGGGGGUAUCCUGCUCUGCACCCCAUCCUCUUCCCUCUGCUUGGCGACAGCAGUGAACUGGCUGAGGGAUGUUGGUUAGGGAUGGUCACGGGGUACCAGCCCCCCUUUUCUCCCGCCAGUUGGGGGAGAUGCUGUGGAUUAAGCCUUGUGGGACAGGGAGGUGCUGGACAAGGCCCAGCCCCGUGGCAGAUUCAUCCCCUGUGGCAUCUGCUGGGCUCUGAGCCUGGCCCAAGCCCACAUGAGGCACAGGUGAGAACGUGUGGGCCAUGGUGGUGCCUCGGGGGCUUUGCUGCCCCGGCUGUGGAGAUGCUGGGACAGUGACACCUUCGAGCCCAGAGACAGGAGCCGUGUGAGUAGCAGGCUUUGGCUGCAGGGGCUGUGGCAAAGUAUAUGCUGCAUGAGUGCAGAGGAAGAAAGGUGGCUGAGUUUGCAGACGCUGCUCCCUGGAGAUGCCAGCUCCUGCACAGCGUCUGUACAUAGUCCUGGCGUGGCACCCCGGCAGGGUUGCAAGCCAUUGUUCCUGUCUCUGCUCCCUGCUAUCAUUGUGCUGGUAUGGACACAGCCUGCUCAGAAAAGCACCAGCCCCAACGGCCAGACUGGCCUAAGCAAUGAAGGGAUAUCCCAUGCUUUUGCAGGCACUAGGGUGGUUUCCUGCAGGUGAAGAGGAAGGCUCCCCUCAUCUCCCUUGACUCCAGCUCUGCACCCCUGUCCGUGCUCCAGAUCAUAAGGCCUGAGCCAUCAUCGUAUCCUGAGAGCAUCAGGGUAAGGCCUCUGGAACCUAGUCCUGGCCCAUCUCCAGGGCUCGAUACUAGAGCUGCCUGCCUCUGCCUGGAUGCUGGUCACUUCUCCUUACAGCCUUUGGAAAGAAGCCCUGGCUCAGGGCAUUACCUCUCUGCUCACUGGCCUCCUCACAGCUCCAAGCCCAGGGUGCUGGCAGUAUUGUGGGGUCCUUGGCCAGCAGCAGGAACAUCCUCGUGUCAUGCUGUUACCUCUAUGAUGACGACCUCGUAGCGCAGCUCAGUGUUGCCUCAGUUGGAUGUAGAGGUAACACAGCAGGGCACUGCCUGGCUCCAGCUUGCUGCCUGUCCUGCCUUGCCCAGGCUUUCCAGGGCCUGAGCUAGAUCCCAGAGCAUCUUCCCCUGAGCUCUUGGGUGUUUGUGGUGUCCCAGGCUGGGCUGCAGUGGGGGAGAUGGUGCUGCCAGCAUGCCAGCCCUGGGUGGCUGCAGCCAGGCAGGAUGAGGUAAGAGCCUUUCACCUGAAGGCUAAAACCAGAUCCAGCUUAUCUCUCAGCAGGGACUAAAGUUUACAAUCUGUGCCACUGACCGAAUGAAGCCCCGGCUAACAGGCAGCUCAGUCUUCUCUCAGAGCCCAGUGCAAAGUCCAUGGCAGCAAAGGCAAAAGUUCCUACAGUCUUCUCUCCUGGCUGGUUUGGUUGGAGAUGGAGACCCUGUGCCUGAUCUCAGCAGGGAGGCCCUGAGCUGUUACUCCCAGCCACUGGCUCAAGGCGAAGACCUGCCACCUACUUGUGCUAGUGGGCUGCCUGCCGCCGACAUAACGCAGCCCUUUGCCCGCAGGCUUGAGUAAAAGCUCCCCAACUCCAUCCCUGCCCUGCCACACCACAGGCUGAGAGACCCCUCCCUGUGUCCACCACCUGCCUGGGGAGGGACCAGUGCCUGGCGGCAGGCCCAUCUCUGUCUUGUGCUGCUCAGGAAAGGCAUCGGGCUCAGCCCUGCCGCUGCGUCAUGCUUCUGCCUUCUUGCUGCCUAUUUCAUCCUGGCUGCAACUUUCAGGGUGGCUUAGAGGGACUGGGAAAGGCUCACAGGUAAUGAACGAAAGAAAAAGGGCUUGAAGAAAGCUGGGCUGCUAAAUGUUCACUCUUUAACAUGCAAAACACACUUCAACAUCUAGUUACAGGAGCAAGGCUGGCUCUGUUACAGCCAAGUGAUGACAGAACCGUCCCUGCCCUUGACCCCAAGGUGAAGCUGAACCCUCUCCUCUCCUGCAAGCCAAGAUAAGACACUGUCGUAUCUAUGUUGCAGUGGGGCUGGUGCUUGGAAGAGAUGUGUGCCUGGUUGCCUCGUGGGAGCAAUAGCAUCAGCCCAGCGCUGGAAGCCUCUGCCCUGGUUUUGUGCUCAUUUCCACUGUAUGACAGUUCCCACAAAUACCCCAUCGUGUCUGCCGCAUGAGAGUGGCUCGCCAGAGGGUAUGCUGUGGUCACCGCACCGGCAGGGUCCCAGCAUUCAAGCCCUUCAUGCUGCUCUGGCAGGAACCUCGUGCUUCCUGGUGCUGGAUCACAAGUGGCGAUCGCUGCCUUAAAUCAGGCACCGCAAACAGUUUUGCUGCUGCUUCCCUUCGAGGUGCUACAAUCCUUCCGGUGUCUGACCUGACGGAGAUGUGUGCCAGUGUCCGUGCCAACUGUUUCACUGCUGUACCCAUCUUCUGCCCUGGCCUUCCCUUCUCCGUGGUCUUUGAUGUCGGCAAAUAGCAAUACCCACAGGUCACCAGUGAUGCCACAGUCCACAGUGCUCCUGUGAUCUGGCACUGCUGGGCGGGAGGCGGCUCAGUAUUCCUUGGCGUUGGGCAGCUCUCCCUCCCACCUCCCUGCCAGCUGCCCUUUCCCAGCUUAUCUCUGCAGGAUGGAGCUUGGAGUCCUGCGCGGCCCCUUGGUGCUGACUAAGCAUGGAGGAGUUGGGGAUCCUGGACUCUCUCCGGCAACGGGAGUGUGGAAGUGGUUUGGUUGAAUAUUGAGGUCCUCAAACCCAUUUGAACUACAGACCUUGGUGGGUGGGGAAAUGCAGAUUGGUGUCAAACCUGCUUCCGCCUCACCCAACCUGAAACACCCCCUCCCUCGUCCACUUCCCAGCGUUGUCUUCCUCUGUCCAAGGUUUCCAUUCUGUUGAAUUCGGUGGUUACAAUGUGCCUUUCCUUCUCAGGACCUGUUACAAAUGACCUUUCUGCUUUUGUUUAUGUCUAACAUUUAUCUUUCUCCCUCCCUCUGUCAUACUAUAAAACAUGAACAUAUUGCAUGGAGUACAAUACAAUAAAAAGUGUGGCUUAACUGAC